CGUCGAAGAUGGCCUCAUCGUCUAAGCGUGCUGAAAUGGCUUUGGAGAAGAUAUUUGACGAUGAAGACUCCGCGGAUGUGAUGGACAGUGGAGGAGAAAGUGAUCUGGACCGGCAGGUGGAAAAUGAGAGUGGGGAUCAAGAAGUUGGAGAUGACGAGCGGCCUAAGGAGGCUAGCGCUUCCACCAAGGAACCCAUGGCUCCUGUUGCUGGCCCCUCUGCUCCUUCUGCUGCUGCCAGUCCAAUUCCCCCUGUGAGUUCUGCCGCUCCUUUUGAUUUUAAGGAAAUGUUGCUGACAUGUUAAUGAUUUACUUCUGUUAUCAAUUGAUCUUAAGUAACCUUUACCUAUGAGGAAAAGUGACUUUAACCUCAAGUUUUACACAAUGUCUUACUUAUUUUGUCUUUUAAAUUUUAUUUUUAGGAAAGUCCUGGGUUUCAAUAAUGAAAUUUAUUUAUUUUCCUGAGAGGCUUAUUUUAUACACUUUAAAAUGAGAUAUUGUAGGUGUUUUUCCUGUAAAUAUUUGUUGAGAUAUGAAUUAAAAACUGAA